GCGAAACGCUAUUGAAUUUUAUUAAAAAGCAGCAAUUUAUAUGUAGAACUUUUUGAAGUUGUUGGUUUUAUGUGUAAAAGUUACAAAUAUGCAUAUUAAACAGGUGAUAAUUCAGGGAUUCAAGAGUUAUCGUGAACAAAUCGUUGUAGAGCCCUUCGACAAAAGACAUAAUGUAGUGGUUGGACGUAAUGGUUCUGGGAAGAGUAAUUUCUUCUUCGCUAUCCAGUUUGUACUUAGUGAUGAGUUCUCUCACCUCCGUCCUGAACAAAGAUUGGCCCUCUUACACGAGGGUACAGGCCCCCGGGUGAUAUCAGCAUUUGUUGAGAUUAUAUUUGACAACUCUGACAACAGAAUACCGAUUGAAAAAGAUGAAAUAUUCCUACGGCGCGUCAUCGGUACAAAGAAGGACCAGUUCUUCCUCAACAAGAAAGUCGUGCCCCGCUCUGAAGUACUGAAUCUCCUCGAAAGCGCCGGCCUUUCUAAUUCGAACCCGUACUAUAUUGUCAAACAAGGAAAAAUCAAUCAAAUGGCAGUUGCACCAGACUCCCAUAGACUGAAGCUGUUAAGAGAGGUAGCGGGAACCAGGGUCUAUGAUGAACGGAGAGAGGAGUCUGUUACUAUACUCAAGGAGACUGUUGGCAAGGUGGAGAAAAUCAACGACUUCCUUCAAACCAUAGAAGAGCGCCUCAAAACGUUAGAAGAAGAGAAAGAAGAAUUGAAAGAAUAUCAGAAGUGGGAUCGCGCGAGGCGUGUUCUGGAGUUCAUCAUACAUGACACGGAGCAUAGGGAGAAUAAGCAGAAACUAGAAAGUCUGGAAAAAAUGCGCGCCAAUAGCGGCAAAGAACAACAGCACUACGCCGACAUGGUUCGGGAGGCGCAAGAACACGUGCGGGAGUCCAACAAGAAACUCAAGGACGCCCGUAAAGAUGUGGCCGCGACCCGCGAAGAGAAAGACAUCCUGUCCACUGAACAACAGCAGCUACUGCGGGAAAAGACUAAACUAGAACUGGCCAUAAAGGACUUAACAGAUGACGUCGAUGGCGAUAACAAGUCUAAGGAAAGAGCCGAAGGGGAGCUCGAACGCUUACGUCAGCAAAUAUCCGAAAAAGAACGCGAGCUGGAAGAACUAAAGCCGAAAUACGAAGAGAUGAAAGCCCGCGAGGAAGAGUGUACGCGCGCGUUGACGCUCAACCAACAGAAGCGGCAAGAGUUGUACGCGAAACAGGGACGCGGCACUCAGUUCACCUCCAAGCAAGACAGAGACAGAUGGAUCGAGAAGGAGCUAAAGUCUCUAAGCAAACAAAUAAAGGAUAAAAAGGACCACGAAGCAAAGUUGCGGGAAGACUUACGCCGCGACGCCCUCAAAUUAACUGAACUAGAGAAACGUAUAGAGGAGACCACCAAAGAGAUGGAGAGACAAAGAGUGGCCAUAGAUGAGCACAACAAACAAUAUUACGAGUGCAAGAAACGGAAGGAUCAGGAACAGAGUGCUAGGAAUGAGUUGUGGCGGAAAGAGACAACAUUAACACAGAAUCUGUCAUCGUUAAAAGAAGAUUUGGCUAAGGCCGACCAAGCCUUACGCUCGAUGGCUGGAAAGCCAAUCCUCAACGGAAGAGACAGUGUGCGCAAAGUGCUGGAAACGUUCCAGGAGAGAGGCGGUGAAUGGGCGAAGAUAGCCACGCAGUACUAUGGACCUGUUAUAGAGAACUUCACAUGCGACAAGACCAUUUAUACAGCUGUCGAGGUAACGGCAGGCAACAGGCUGUUCCACCACAUAGUGGAGUCAGAUACAGUGGGCACGAAGAUCUUGAAGGAAAUGAACCGACAGAGUCUGCCAGGAGAAGUGACAUUCAUGCCCCUGAACCGAUUGCAAGUCAGAGAUAUGGUGUACCCUAACGACAAUAACGCAAUAGCCAUGGUUCAAAAGCUGAAAUACGAUGCUAAGUAUGCCAAAGCGAUGAAGUAUAUCUUCGGCAAGACCCUCAUCUGCAGGAAUCUGGAGUGUGCCACGGAGUUAGGCAAGCAGUUCCAUCUGGAUUGCGUUACUUUAGAGGGAGACCAGGUCUCUUCAAAAGGUUCGCUAACUGGAGGUUACUUCAACCAGUCCCGAUCUCGUUUGGAAAUGCAGAAGACCAGAUCGGAACUGAUGGAGCAAAUCACAACUCUCGAGGAAGAGUUGAGUACGUUACGGCAAGAGCUCAACAAGACGGAAACAAGUAUCAACACGAUCGUUUCGGAAAUGCAACGCACGGAAACCAAGCAGGGAAAAGCCAAGGACAUUUUUGACAAAGUGAAAGCUGACAUUCGACUUAUGAAGGAGGAAUUGGCGUCCAUAGAGAGGUUCCGCGGACCCAAAGAGCGCUCGCUAGCCCAGUGUCGGUCCAGCCUUGAAGCCAUGCAGGCUACCAAAGAGGGUCUGGAGUCUGAACUGCAUCAGGAGUUGAUGGAGCAACUUUCGACCGCUGAUCAAGGCAAGGUUGACGAACUGAACGACGCAAUACGUAGACUGACGCAGGAGAACAAAGAGGCGUUCAGCCAGAGAAUGAAUCUCGAAGCCACAAAGAACAAACUGGAGAAUCUACUCACCAAUAAUUUGAUACGACGUAAAGAUGAAUUGGUGCAAGCCCUCCAAGAGAUAUCAGUAGAAGAUCGCAAGAGACGCCUCAGCAACAGUAAAUCUGACUUGGCAGCGGCCGAGAAGAGAAUACGGCAGAUCAAUAAAGAGAUGGAAGAAGUCGAGAGAAAAGUGCAAACAGCUGUCAAAAAUGAGAAAGCCCUUAAACUGGAGCUUGACAAAUGGAGGAAUAAGGAAAAAGAAGCCCAAGACAAGAUGGAGGAAGACGCAAAGGGUCUAGAAAAGAUGGCAUCCAAGGAAGUGCUCCUGCGGGAGAAGAUACAGGAAUCCCUGGACAAAAUAGCGGCACUCGGCACGCUACCCAACGCGCCGGAACUACAUUCCAAAUACCAGAAGCUGUCCUUGAAACAGUUAUUCAAAGAGUUGGAGAAGGCUAACCAGCAUCUAAAAAAGUACAACCAUGUGAACAAAAAGGCAUUGGAUCAGUUCAUAAGCUUCUCCGAACAGAAGGAGAAGUUAUAUAAGAGGAAAGAAGAACUUGAUAUUGGAGGGGAGAAGAUUCGAGAGCUGAUCGAGACACUGGAGCACAGGAAGUUGGAAGCCAUACAGUUCACGUUCAAGCAAGUGAGCAAGAACUUCACUGAGGUGUUCAAAAAACUGGUGCCGACGGGCCGAGGCAGUCUCGUCAUGAAAGUUGCGCCCGAUGAGCAGGAUGUCAACCCUGAUCGUGCAAAUGCGGAUCCGUUUACGGGCGUGGGCAUCAAAGUAUCGUUCACGGGCGGCGAUGGAGACAUGCGUGAGAUGAACCAACUGUCCGGUGGUCAGAAGUCGUUGGUCGCGUUGGCUCUCAUCUUCGCCAUACAGAAGUGCGAUCCCGCCCCCUUCUAUCUGUUUGACGAAAUCGAUCAGGCAUUAGACGCUCAGCACCGGAAAGCGAUCGCGAACAUGAUUCACGAGCUAUCGACUUCCGCCCAGUUCAUCACCACCACCUUCCGGCCGGAGUUGCUGGAGCAUGCGCACAAGUUCUACGGCGUCAAGUUCCGGAACAAGGUGUCGCACGUGGAGUGCGUCACGCAGGACGAGGCGAGGGACUUCGUGGAGGAUAGCGCAACGCACGCGUAACGUGUGCGUGCGUGCGUUACAGGUUAUGGAAAGAUUAUUCAAGAGUUAGCAAAUUCUCAUAUUUACAAGUUACAACAUUUAAUAACAUAAUUAAAGUCCGUGCGUUUUUUAAAUAUUUUAUAAU